GAUUUUAAAACUACUGCAAAUUCUGUCAGGGAAGAAGAAAAGGAGGUUACACGUGCUUACUGCAGCCAGGGCUGAUAUAUUUUGAAUAAUUGUUAAAAAAUUUUGAUUUCUCUGUCUUUCGUCGGAAUAAACCGGAGGCCAAAAUGCCGAAAGUUAAGGCGGAGAAAAAAAGCCGGCAGCACCAAGAGGUGAAAAACCAAGGGAUCAUGUUCAAUACAGGCAUCGGUCAGCACAUCCUGAAGAAUCCACUGAUUGUCAAUGGGAUCAUCGAGAAGGCCGCCCUGAGGCCGACAGAUGUGGUUUUGGAGGUGGGACCUGGUACCGGAAACAUGACAGUGAAACUCCUGGAAAAAGCCAAGAAGGUGGUGGCCUGUGAGUUGGACUGCAGAUUAGUGGCCGAACUUCAGAAAAGAGUCCAGUGCACGCCCAUGCAGACCAAACUUCAAAUAUUAGUAGGAGAUGUAUUAAAAACCGAUCUGCCUUUCUUUGACGUGUGUGUGGCUAAUUUACCUUACCAGAUUUCGUCACCGUUUGUCUUCAAGCUCCUGCUGCAUCGACCUUUCUUCAGGUGUGCCGUGUUGAUGUUCCAGAGAGAGUUUGCCAUGCGACUUGUUGCCAAGCCUGGAGACAAACUGUACUGCAGACUGUCCAUCAACACACAGCUGCUCGCUCGUGUCGACCAUCUCAUGAAGGUGGGGAAGAAUAAUUUCCGUCCUCCUCCAAAAGUGGAGUCCAGUGUUGUCAGGAUAGAACCGAAAAAUCCUCCUCCUCCAGUUAACUUCCAGGAGUGGGAUGGCCUCGUCAGAAUAGCUUUUGUAAGGAAAAACAAAACCCUCAGUGCAGCUUUCAAGUCCACUGCAGUAGAGCAGCUGCUGGAAAAGAACUACAGAAUUCACUGCUCUGUACACAGUGUGGAAGUCCCAGCAGACUUCAGCAUCAGCAAGAAGAUUGAGAGUGUUUUGCAGGAGGCUGAAUUCAGUGAGAAGAGAGCCAGGUCCAUGGACAUCGACGACUUCAUGGUGCUGCUUCAUGCAUUCAACGCUGCAGGGAUCCACUUUUCUUAAAUGGCGAGAGGGAACUGAAGAGAACGGUGCUCUGACGUUCGUGCUCAGAUGAGGAAAGUAAUAGACUGUCUGACUGAUCUGUCCUCCCCUGGAGUUUGGCUUGGAGCACCCACAUUUUGAGUGUUGACAUGGUGUGAUGAAAUGUACAAAGAAUAUUGGAUGAUGCAUUUUAAGAGCUCAUAUUGAGUUUGCUAUUUUACCCUUAUGAGUAUAAAGUGUCCACGUGCAUACAUGAGCAGCUUUUGGCAGAUGGAAGCUGUAUAUGCCCUCGUUAUUGGGCGAGGGCCUGUCAGUGUUCGAGAGUUUGUCAUACAUUGAAAAUAAUCGGUAUGGAUAAUUAUUCUACUCUAAAAGAAAUAUACAUUUUAUUCAUGCCAAAAUGACCUUCUUUGGGAAAGGUAAAUAUUUAACAAGUGGAGAUUUUUGAGUGUAAAAUAAAU